AGUGACCUACAUUGUAAAGGUGUGAUGAGAAAAACUGAUUUCAAAAUCAUUCAAGUAUGAGAAUUUCCUGUUCAACCGUCAGCGACACCUUGGUGAGAAAUCUCCUUUUCCACUCCUGACUCACUCUGAGCCUCACUGCGCAGCCUGCUCAGUUCACUGUCACUGUUGUCCUGGAUUUCUGUGACUGACUUUUACCUUUUGGUGCUCAGCUACUACAGGCCUCCUGCGAACUCCACACUCAUGCAGGAGACCUGGCUUUCUGGCAGCAGAGGGAGCUUGUCACUGCUCCCUUGUCUCCACCAGCCCAGUCAGUCGAGGGGACCCUGCACAUGCUCAUGUGGAACAACUGAGGCACAGCUCUGCUGCAGGGAAUCAAACUGGGAUGUGGAUCCUCUAAACACCUCGGAUAAAUCCAAGUAGAAUCACCAAAGCACAUGUCACUGGGCUGCAGAAGGAGUCAUGAAUCAUCUGCUUAGAACUGAACAUGCCUCAGGACCCAGGGAAGCAGCAGAAGAAACCAAGGGGCACUUGCAGCUCCAUCUCAGUAACCCAUCAGGAAAUCAGCUGAUGGAGUUCAGCCUUCAAAAUGCUUCCCAGAAGCAUGUCGAGAUCAGCAGGCACUGCCACUGCAAAAAUUUUUUAUCACCUCCAGAGAAGCUCAUCUCUGGGAUCCUGGGCAUCAUCUGGUUUGGCUUACUGGUCGCCUUGGUGAUAACAACCAGAGUUGUCUCUCCAUUACACUCUUGUGGUCAUUGUUCAAAGGAGUGGAUAUCAUAUUCCCACAAUUGUUAUUAUAUUGGUAUGGAGAAAAAAACUUGGAAUGACAGUUUAGUGUCCUGCACUUCUAAAAACUCUACUCUGCUUUACAUAGAUAGUGAAGAGGAGCAGGACUUUCUGCAAUUGUUCUCACUGAUCUCAUGGACUGGAGACUUUAGGAAGAGCAGAAAUCAACUAGAAGUUUGGAAUAAAGACCCAACUUUGAAAUCAAAGAAAACAGAGUUUUCCCGUGUUGAACAUAACUGUGUCAUGCUGUCAGCUUCUGGCCUCACAACAGAUGACUGUACAGCUUUACAUACAUAUCUUUGUAAGCGUAAUUUCAACAACUAAAACACCUGUACUUGGAGUCUGCCAGAGUUCCUGUUCCCUUCAGAUGAACUUGUGGCUGGAAUCCAAAGAAUCAUCUGCUCUCUCUAAAUGUUCUACUAGGUGGUAACAAAUAUAGUUAUUACUUGUAA